ACGUAUUGGUGACCAUCACAUAAAGAUGUGGUCAGCAGAAUAUCUCCGUGCUUCGUCACAAGCAUUCAAGCAACCUUCUUUCAGCUCAAUUUCCGGCUAAGCUUAGAAAGUUUAAGCGUCCUAUUUCUUUAAGCAAAACAGUGACUGAUCCAUGGCGAUUUUGGGCAUAUCAGUUGCGAGGUGCCGAUGGAGGUUCGUGAAUUCGAUGCGCGGAUUUUGUUUGACACCCUCUUUAGACGCAGACAAGAAGCUUGCAGCGGCUGUCCAGACCGGGCAGCAGGUCAAGGGCAGAAAUGUCCAGUGGGUGUUUCUUGGCUGCCCCGGCGUCGGCAAGGGUACCUAUGCCGCUCGCCUCUCGAAUCUUCUCGGCGUUCCUCAUAUCUCAACGGGAGAUCUCGUCCGUCAGGAGCUCUCCACCAGUAGUCCUCUUUCCGCCCAGUUGGCAGAGAUUGUAAACCAAGGGAAACUGAUUUCUGAUGAGAUCAUAAUAAAUCUACUGUCAAAGCAACUUGAGGCUGGUGAAUCCAAGGGUGAAACGGGUUUCAUUCUUGAUGGAUUUCCCCGAACUAUAAGACAGGCGGUGAGCAGCUUUUAUGCAGUAAUUUUCUCAAAUAUUAAAUUAAUACCAAUGGCAUGUCCAUUGUCCUCUAGAUAUUUGGCCUAGCAUAAGUUCAGAACUUGUGUGGCUACAUAUGUAGUUAUAUAAUCUUCACACUUAUUUUUCAUGUCCGUCCCAAACUUAUCUCUCCUUUCUAUUUAAGGAAGGUAUUAUGUGGCUCAUAUUAUUCCUCUAUCUUCAAUUAAAUCUUAAUCAUACAACUUUCUAUUUUUUAAAACUGUGUGGCCGGUCAAAGUCGGUGUUUAUUGAAGGACACAGGGAGUAUCUUUCUUUUAUAUCACUAUUUAGUGUGAUUAUAAACUCUGAAUUGCACAAAAUAUAAUUGUGAUGGACCCAUUAUGGCACUCCUUAAUGUCAAUGAGAAAAACACAUGGGGUGCGGUUCCAAUGAGAACUAGGCUUAUUGUGAGAACGUGAGAACAGUCACUUUUAACCCCAUGUGAUGCACAAUGGGGCUGUCUAUUGCACUUUUUUAACUUUGAUCAAAUAAAGCCAAUAUCAAAUAAAGACAGUAGCAUUUUGGCAAGUAUUAUGCCGCGAAAAAGUGCAAUAGACGAGCUUCGUUGUGCAUCAUGUUGGCGUAAAAGUGCUUGUUUUCACGUCCUCACGAUAAGCCUUGUUCUUAUUUGAUCCAGAAUAAUAAUGCAUGUGUGUUUGUUUAAAUGCAGGGGCGGAUACACUUACAUGGUAAUAAUAUAGCUUUAUAACACUAUAUUUUAUUAAUAUUUUUAUUAAAUAAUUAUGGGGUGCCCCCGAUAAGAAAAAUCAAAUGCCCCCAAUAAGAAAGAGAGAUUUGCCCUCAUGUCAAGAACAAUACGUGGAAUUAUUGGGUGAUGCGAGUGAUUUUUUAUUAUGUACUUCAUAUUUUCUUUUUAUGUUUUUAGUUUUUCAUUUCUUAAUGUGUUUUUUUAUUUACGUUUUUAUUUUAUAUAAAUAUUUUUAUUGUUGUUGUGUUUUUAUUAUAAAUUUAAAACAUGAAGAGAGUAUAUAAAUUACUCAUAUGUUGGGAAUAUAAAAGGAAAUAAUUUCAAACAUAAUCUUUUUAAUAAGGGUAGACAAAAGUGCGCCUUAAUAACUUUUAGUGACCAUAAUAAUAAUUAUAUUCGAGUAUUACAUCUUAAUUACUAUAAUAGUACCCUUAUAGUCACUAUGAAUAGAAUUUCAGUCACUAAAAGUUACGGAGUAUUAAAUAACAUUUUUGUCUAUGGGUAUUAUUUAAUUCAUUUAUAUUUGAGGAAAAGUUCAUAUAAAACUAUAGUCCUAUUUUUACAUUUUGGAAUUAUUUAUUUUACUUCUAUUUGAGCUAUAAUCACUAGCUCUAGACACAUUUCUUUCUAUUCUUCUCAAAUUUAUGGUUGUUCAAUGAAUAACUUGGUACUUUCUUCACCCCAUUCAAAGGUUCCCAUUGCAAAAUGUCACAAUUAUUCAGACAAUACUUAAAUAUGAUAAUUGGAGUAUAUUUUAAGAAAUAACUUUGAUGGUUGUAUCAUAUAAUGAGGUCAUUGAUGAUAAUUGUGGUGUUAUAGAUAUAUUAGUUUUAAUAUUUAAUGAUUAAAUUGUCUUUUAAGAGUAUUAAUUGUUUCUUAUGAUAGAAAUGAGAACCUUUAAGUGGGACGUCCGAAAUAGGAAAUUGGGAACCUUAGAAUGGGACAGAGGGAGUAUUAGAGGAGCUUUGUCAUUACAUGUAUAUCAGUGGUGCCCCCAAAAAUGAGAACCUUUAAGUGGGACGUCCGAAAUAGGAAAUUGGGAACCUUAGAAUGGGAAAGAGGGAGUAUUAGAGGAGCUUUGUCAUUACAUGUAUAUCAGUGGUGCCCCCAAUAACAAAUUUUUCUGUAUCCGCCACUGUUUAAAUGUAUGUCAGUAUGUGUGUGUGUGUGCACUUACAUGCAAAUCUUUAUCUUGAUUGACACUUUACUAGAUCUCUUUAGGCUAAUACCAUUCAAAUGGCUAAGUAUGAACUAUGAAGUAGUGUAACAUAUCGCAUACAGAUUUUUGUAAAGACUGUUUGAUUGUUUUAAAACUGAGGUAUUAUUCAUCAGUGAAAAAACAAUCAAAAUAUCACAGUUUUUCCGUGAAGUUUGUUCUAUUUGGCUGUCAUGAAGUAGCAAAUUGUAUGCAGAUUUUUUUAAAGACUGUUUGAUUGUUUUCCCCUGAAAUUUGUUCUAUUUGGCUGUCAUGCUAUAUGAAGCCUUCAACCACAUAGCACGUUCCUUAUUGAAUGAUAAAUCACUUUAACUUUUCGAUACUUUUAUAUUGGUUCUUUCUUGAUGUCAGUUGAUUUGUUUCCUUUUAAACAUGAUAAAGAAUGCUAUUUAUUAUUUCUCUCAUUUUAGUUUUUCAUGCUACAACUCACCUGUGAAUUAAACGAUUAAUGUGGAUUUAUAUGAAAAAUUAGGAUCAUAACUAUUUUCCUUGGUGGCGAACCAAUUACCACUGAUUUCUGUGUAGUCCCACAGAAAUGGGAUUCUCAGUUUCUUUUACAUUUCCUCAAUUUCUAACCUGCCCUUGAUGUUCCUUGUUUAUAACUCAUUGCUCUUCCCUCUUUUGGACUCUUUGUUCUUCCAAAGCUGAAGAUGUGUUGUUCGUAGCGUGCCUAAGUCUCUAUGAAUACUCAAUACAAUAUACGGCAUUCUAAUGAAGUGUUGCAUCUGAAACCAGAUCAUCUUAAUUUUCCCGUAAGUUUUGAAAUUUCCAGGACCUAAUCCCCCCACCUUUGUGGAUUUGAUUCCUCCAUCUACCAAUAACCAAUAUACUUUAAUGCAAAAGUGGCUUGUACACAGACUUUGAUUUGGUUGCUUCCAGUUAGAGACUCUGUUCUUGCAUCUGUAUUAACCUGGUGUACGAAUAUUAUAAAUUUACGCAGAUUGUAUUCUUUAAUCUUUUGAGUCCAUAUAAUGUGUCAUGUAAUCAAACCCUUUGUGGAGGCGCUCUUUAUUUAUGAAAAGCUUUAAAGAAUGAACCAGGUCGAAGAUCAUGACACCUGUCAUCAUAUUCUAUGCCCAACUCCAAGCUUGAGCAUUAGUUUCUACCUCCUAUGAAAUUUUAGAGGGUGUCACAGACAUUGACUUGGUAAUCAAUCUGAAACUUAGGGAGGAUGCAAUAAUUGCAAAAUGUCUAGGGAGAAGGAUGUGCAGCGAAUGUGGAGGAAAUUACAAUGUCGCGUGCAUUGAUAUAAAGGGAACACAAGAAAGCCCUGGAAUGUAUAUGCCUCCCCUUCUUCCUCCUCCUCUUUGUGAAUCCAAAUUGAUAAUGCGAGCUGAUGACUCUGAAGAUGUUGUGAAGGAGCGCCUUCGCAUCUACAAUGAAUUGAGCCAACCAGUUGAGGAGUUCUAUCGGUGUCGUGGGAAAUUGUUGGAGUUUGAUCUUCCUGGAGGAAUACCUGAGUCAUGGCCAAAGCUGCUACAAGCUUUGAAUCUUGCUGAUCUUCUUGAAGACAACAAGCAAAAGUCUGCUGCAGCUUGAGUGUAGUGUUGCUGUGGUUACUGGUCAUCGCGUCCAUUCUUGAGUUUAGGCUGAUGCAUGUAAAGAAACACAAUAAAUUCAAUUUGGUUUUUGAUGUUUUAUUACUCCGUUGAAGCUGUGCCUAUUAUUGUCUCACUUUUUUUUGCAACUAUUAUGCUUGAUCCUGUAAAUGUUUAUUGAGCCCCUAAAUGGAGCAGUCAUUCAUCAUUCAUGGAUUGUUGUGGCUACGAUGCAAAAUCGGAGUAAAUCAGCCAUUGCACCCCUCAUAGUAAUAAUCAAUUCUGUCUCGACAGCUGAG